GCGGGGCGGGGCAAGGCAAGUUUGCGUCCCGAGUUCAGAGCCCAGGAGCCCCCGCGGCCGCGGCGCAGGUGCCCUCCGCCUGGGUCGGGAUGGAGCUGCCAACUGUGAACUUGAAGAUGAUCCUCCUGGUUCACUGGCUGCUGACGACCUGGGGCUGCAUAGCAUUCGGGGGCCCCUAUCCCUGGGCCAACUUCACCAUCCUGGCCUUGGGCGUGUGGGCCGUUGCUCAGCGGGACUCCAUCGAUGCCAUAAGUCUGUUUCUGGGUGGCUUGGUGGCCACCAUCUUCCUGGACAUCGUCCACAUCAGCAUCUUCUACCAGCGGACUGGCUUCUCGGACACGGAGCGCUUCGGUGCCGGCAUGGCCAUCCUCAGCCUGCUCCUCAAGCCGCUGUCCUGCUGCUUCGUCUACCACAUGUACCGGCAGCGCGGGGGUGAGCUCCUGCUCCAUAUUGGUUUCCUUGGACCAUCACAGGAGCGCAGCGACUACCAGACGAUUGACUCACCAGAGGCGCCCGCAGACCCUUUUGGAGGCUUGGAGGGCAGGGGUCACGGCCCGCAAGGGUACUAAAGCCUGGGGGGGCCCAGUGUAACAGACUGCGGAGGCGGCUCGGCCUGCACCACCUUCCUUGUGCCUUGGAUGGUGUUCUAGAGACGUUUCUGACCCCCCUCCCCCCGAACUGUGUUCUCCUGUUCCUCAUCGUAGGGGUUGCCUGAAUCAGGCGCCCUGAGUGCCCAGGAGCCCCAUGCAUACCCGUCCCAGACUCCCUGAGGCCUCCUCUCCCCAAGGCUGGGAACCGCGGUCUCUUUCCUCACCGGCUCGUGCAGCCCCAGGCCAAGCCACGCCUGAGCCAGGCCUGGCCCACAGUUUGUUCAUCCCACCGUCAGAAGCUCCUAGAGCUGUGGGUCGUGCUCAGCCCUCAGCCCCGGGAGCGGUGCGGCGUGGGAGUGAGGUCCCUACACUGCUCACUGCCUGGUAACUCGGUGCUUGGGGACCUUGGGGCCGGAGGCAGGAGGCGUGGGCAGCACCCAAGACCCUCCCCAGCCUCCAGCUGCCCUUCCCGGAGCCGUGGCAUUAAAGUUUGGGGAAUCUGUAGCUGGAUGUGUUUCGAGCCACGUUUAAUCUCCCAGCCAGGCUGGGUCCCGGACCUGUCAUUCCUGAGAAGAUGUGUCCUUUGAAUCCCCUGGGAACCGGGGCUUAGCUGCCCGUUCUGCUGUGGCAGCAGCAAGCCUGGGCUCACGACCAGCCAGGCCUGCUGUGCACCCAGCUUUGGCCUAGCCGAGGCCCGGGCGGAGGAGGGCCCUUUUCGGUGUGGCAGACGGGCAUCCGUGUCUCUGAAUCAGAUGACUCGGGUAUCGGUUUGAAUCCCUCUCUGCCACUUCCUGGCUGUGCGCCUUUGGGCAACUUAACGUCUCUGACCUCAGCGUCUUCUGGAAAAGGGUGAGUGGCCGCCCGGAGGGUGAUGCUACAGAGAAGCAGUGCCUGGCCCUUGGAAAGCUCCCGAGUGAUGGCGCAUUGGUGGGUUGCUGUGAACCUGUGACGAUGUUGGGUCAGUACGCGAAGGGUGACAUCUCCCCGGCAGACCCCCGUCUUUUGGUGUCAGGGCUGACCGGGACCAACACGUGUCCAGAAGCCCCAAGCGCCCCGUGGCCAGGGUCCCACUCCACUCUGACUGGACUGAGUGGCGAUUUCUGGGCCUCACGUGCCUGAGCCUCCCUGGGCUAUCCUGGCUUGUCGCCGACACCAAGAGAUCAAGGCCUAGUGCACAACCCCACCAUCCUCCUGUGUCCAUCUGUCCAGAGGGGCUCAGUGCCUGCUGCUGCUAAGCAAGGGCCUGGGGCUGCAGGGCUGAACCUGGUGCCUGCUCGCAGGAAACAGACGUUAGGGGUCCGCUGUCAGGAGGCAAGAGCCCCCCGAAGGGAACAUUCCCACUGGGAAUGAGCUUGUGCUCUGGACCAAGGGACGGUGAGCGGCUGCAGCCAUAGGAAAACUGGGAAUAGCUUCACUGUCAGAAGGGGACAGAUCGAUAAUCCAGGGUACAUUCAUUCUCUGGAUAUGGUUCAGCAGUUCGAAUGAAUAAAUAUUUCUUUUUUUCUUUUUAA